CUUUCAUGGCGUGUUGGAAACCAAGGGGCUGUUUCAAGCAAGUAAGCACCCCUGAAAGGAAUGGCGUGGGACGUCAUGCCUAGUUGGGGCCAAGUCUCUUUCUUCACCCUUGCCGUCAUCGCUUCUGCAGCCUUUUGCCUGCUCGGUCAUUGCAGCGCGACAAGUGUUCUAGUCGCAUCGGCUUUGCGCACCGUAUUCAAACGGCUCCAUGAUGCUAUGAAUCCCGCCUAUGAUCUGGAGUAAUUGUCGGCGUUUUUACCAUCCACCUCAUGGCGAAUGGACAACGCCACAACUGGAGCAGCGUGGUCACUGCAUUCUCCAUGCCACGGAGUGUGUCCGGGGGAAGCUCUUGAGAACAUUGGUGUGCAAACUGAGUCGCUUACACGGGGGGGGCGGACGCUUUGGCUCGUCCGCGUGGCCGCUGUGUAACUGAGACGGUCGUUGCGGUUACACAUCUCAACAUGCAGCUCCAAACGACCGCGACGUCCCGCGCUGUGUCGAGUGCGUCUGCCCCCGUCCUUACGAUUCGAACGGGAUCACCUCUCGACGCCGAAACUCCCCGUGCGAAUUGGACCGAUCCAUUCUUCACGGUCGAAGAAGACCUGUGCAUCGUGCGCCAAAAGUGUUUUGCGCCGCCGCGGUGGGCAACUGACGCCGAGUUCCUCCGCGCGUUUUGUUCAACAUUUGGCGUCGAGCGCAGCAUAGCGCAGGUCAACAAACGGAUGGCCAACCUCCAGACAUCUAGUCCAGACCACGGGAUUCUCCGUAUGUACAUCAGCACGUUGCUGCAAACCCCCGUCGAGUCCAAACACGACGUGGUAACAAAGGAGACCCUGCGACCUGAGUAUGCCGCGUUCGUCGAAGUGUCGACGGGUCUGGAGAGCAUCUUGCAGCCCCGACACGACCCGUACGAUAUGGGCAGGCUGCUAGUCGACGACUGGCUGCGCCUGGAAGUCCACAGCAAGCGAUUUCCAGAGUACGACAUGGACGUGCCCAAGAUGCAGCUGCGCAAGUGCUCCGCCGUCAUCGACCGCUUCCUCACCGACGCUGCCGCCACGCCUCUGACGCCCGAUCCUGUCACCGGCAUGCGACAGUUUACCAACGGAACGAUGACGUAUUACCCCGCCGUGGGCACCACCAGCGAGCGCCUCGUCCUCACGGAUGACGUGGCAGCGUACGAUGCGAUUCCAUGCUACGACCACCUGAGUCAACCUGUCAUGGCGCGGCUCGUCUUGUUUGCGAACGACCAGCAAGCGGUCGAGCGCCGCCUGACGAUCCUGGACGAGUACGACACCAUCCAAAAGAUCAAUCGGCUCUCCAACGACGAAAUCAACGGACUGUACGCGUCCGAGGCGAAGCGCUACGUCAGCGUGUUGGACAAUGCGCGGCAGCGAGAGAUCACGCGGACGACUGCGUUCCUCGAUCAAGCGCUGCAGAAUGACCUGGCCGCAGUGCACGCGAUGCACGCGGCGACACUGCGGGCCGAAGUCGAGAAAAUCCACGCAAAGUACGCCGACCGACGGGACUCGUUGGUGGCGCGGAUCGAGCACGAACGGCUGCGAGCACUCGAGCUGCAUCGCGAUUCCAUGGACUUGACCAUGCUCCAGCUCGAACACGCAAUGGCAGUCAACACGCAGCAAGUCGAAUCGGUCUUUGGCUCGUCCGACAAGCUGCUCCAGCUUCUCCUCUUGGCCGAAGACCUCGACUGCAAGCGGCUCCGCACAGCAUGCAUCCACUACCUCACCGAACCAAAGCGAUUCCUCCAGUUUGCGUUACGCCGAGAACUCACGAGCCCGCUCCUGGCCGAGCACACGAUCCUCGCGCUGCUCCAGCACUUGUCCGAUCAAGACAUCAAGGACUUGAAAGAGGAAUCGCGCACAGGGUUUGCCUUCACCGACUUGCUCAUGCGUGAGAUCCACACGCGGCUCAUCGCACUCACAAAAGAGCUCGAGGCCCUUCCAAACGCGACGCUACGUGACGUCAUGCGGGUGGCGUUCGACUUGUCGACUUUGGCGAGCGAAACGAUGUCACCAAGCGUCAUCAAGCUCGGCCUCGCCACGCGGGCGUAUCCCCAAGUUCUGUCCAAGGAAGUUGACCGCCGCCGCGAGUUCAGCCGUGUCAAGCUCGAUGCGUCUCUCAUGACAAAUCAUGUUACCUUGACCGGGGACGAUCUCGUCGUGGAGCUCGAAUCCGCGAAUCGGUACUGCACCGCUUUGGCAACCAAGUCGCGCCGAGCGGGGGAGUUCGGCCGGUGGAUGUUCGAGGUAACCCUCGAUCGUGUGGACGCGGCGGGCGGCAGUGUCGCAAUUGGAUGGGAAGUUCCGCGGCAGUCGCCCAUGCAAUGGGGACCGCUCGACGAGUCCCGCCAGACUUCCAAGGAAUCACAAGAUGCCGGACCAACGGCGCCGCUGCCACCGUCGCCGCGAGGGCCGAUGGCACGAUUUGGGAUGAAAAAUGGCUAUGGCAUGCUCAUACCGGGACUGACGCCCGGCGAGGAUGGAAAAGAUUUUGGGAUCAUGUGGGUGUCGGAUUCAAAUGUGUCGGGUCCGCCAGUGGCCGCUGCCAGUGACGCCGCUCCCACCAGCGGGGGCAUUGGAAUGCUUUACAUCAACGGAAAGCAACACAGCGGCAUGCCGUGCUGCCGCCAAGGCGACGUGAUCGGGUGCGCGAUCGAUCAAGACGCCACCGAACCAUUCGUUACGUUCUACUUGAACGGGACGUUGGUCAGCGUUCCUGGUCCUCCUUCCAGCAACUUGAACGCGUCUGGCCACAACAACAAGGAAGGCGCCACACAUGGCCUGAAGAAGCUGCUCUUGCACAGCGCCAACUACGCCUUGUAUCCAGCAGUGACGUUGUUUGCAUCACAUGACCCCACGGCGCGAGUGCGAUUCAAUUUCCGCGGGCACUUUGACUUUCCCAUUCCUGGAUACGAUCCCUACGGUGCUGAGCUCUUGGACCUGAUUGAGAUCGCCAAGGAAGGCGCGGCGGCCGUUGGGGGUGCCGGAUCCUCCCACCGCCAUAUUCAACGUGCCUUGAUGGAGGAUCCAACCAGUCCAGCGGUGCUAACAAGUCACGAGAUUCUGAACUCUGACAUUUGAAAUGAACGCGAGCAUUGCAAGAGAUUCCUGGCCAUCGUUGCUCCUCGAAUGUGCCGCUCGUCGGACGCUGAGUCCAUCGGCAUGGCGCGUGCAAUUGAAAAAGAAAUAUUGCGACAAUUUCUCAUUGGUCAAAAUUGAAACCAAAUGAGAUGUGAUUGGUUGGUUAAUGCGAAUUUUCGUCAUGGUUGA